GCGUGCGCGCCGUGAUAGCGGCGGCCGGUGGUGGCGGGAGGGCCGUCAUGGCCGGCGGCGGGGACCCGCUCCGCGCCCUGCUCCGCGCCGCCAACGCGCUCCUGCAGCAGCGCCGGUAUCGCGCCGCGCUCGCCGUCAUCAAGGGCUUCCGCAACGGCGCCGUUUAUGGAGCAAAAGUUCGUGCCCCACAUGCCCUGGUGAUGACUUUCCUGUUCAAGAGUGGAAGUUUAAGAGAAAAAUUGAAGGCGAUUGCUCAGGCUACGUACACUCAUUCCCGGAACUUGGCAUAUUUUGUGUUCACCUACAAGGGGCUGAUGGCAUUGCAGUCCCGACUGCAGGGGAAGAAAAUCCCAUUUCAUUCCUUCUUUGCAGCCUGCAUUGGGGGUUGGCUCGUGUUUGGUGACAACAACCCCAUCAACAGCCAGAUCAUCAUGUACCUUCUGUCCCGGAUCCUGUUUGGCCUGUCUCGGCUGGCAGUGGAAAAGGGCUAUAUCCCACAGCCAAAGCAGGAUCCAUUUCCACUUGUUGCUGCUCUAAUCUGGGGCACAGUUCUGUGGCUCUUCGAGUAUCACCGGCACACCCUGCAGCCCUCCCUGCAGUCCUCCAUGACCUACCUGUAUGACGAUAGCAACACAUGGCACGACAUCUCUGACUUCCUCAUUUAUAACAAAAGGACAGACAAGUAGGUGGGUCAUUAUAAAACAUCUCUGAAUGGGAUGGCACCUUCUGGCAGCUAAGGGAAAAGGUUCUUCUGUUGCUCCUGACUGGUGAUUUAGUUAAACUAACAGCUAUUAAGCAGAGUUGCCUGUUGUAUCCUGGCCAAAGUGUUCUGAUCAGACUUUUCUUGGCUCUGUUUAGAGUGAGUAAAUGCCCUCCAGAAACUUGGUGCAGUCUUUUUUAAGAGAGGCCUUAUUUUCCCCACAAGAAUAGCUUUGGGGCUUUUUUAAGAGACUAAAUAUACUUACAAAAUAACAGCCUGACAGUAUGUCUAACCAUGAAAAACCAUUCUGGGAUCAUCUGACUGCUCACUGUGCUCCCCAUAGUGGGAGGGGGGCAGGGACCUGCUCACAUCUCAAAGCAAAACUAUCAUUUCUUGAUUUCUGUGGCUGACUGGCAGUCUUGUUUAAGCUAAUCCAAGGACAAUGUGUUCUCCUUAAGAGGGUUUUUCUGCAGUUUGCCCUCAGGGAGACAUUAAGAUUUUGGAGGAAUAAAACUGUUAACGUUGUCUGGUACGAGCCUGGGAAGUGGGGCUUGGAAAGAUUA